CGCAACGUUCCAAUAUCUUUGGUUUCACACCAGCAGCCUUUCCGAAUUUUGCUGCUUCCCCCAUCAAAAAUCUCUGUGCAGACCGAAGGACAGCCUCUCGCGCUUCGUUCCGGUUGGGUGCUGACCAUGCCGAGAUUUCACGGGCAGAGCAACCACACGCCUAUGGACAUCGUGAAUCAGCUCCGGAAGCAGUACGUCGACUACUUGACCUCUCUUUUUCACGAGGGAGUUUUGGACGACCAGUUCACGCAGCUGCAGAAGCUGCAGGAUGAGAGCAACCCAGAUUUCACAGUUGAAGUGGCGUCUCUCUUCUUUGUGGAUUCCGACAAAUUAAUAAACAAUAUGGCCGCGGCUCUAGAAAGAUCACCUGUUGAUUUUAAACAAGUAGAUGCUGAUGUUCACCAGCUUAAGGGCAGUAGUUCCAGCAUAGGUGCAACGAGGGUGAAAAAUUUGUGCAUUACCUUCAGAAGUUUCUGUGAGGCACAGAGUUAUGAAGGGUGCUUGAUAUGUCUUCAGCAGGUGAAAAAUGAAUGUGCUUUGUUGAAGGACAAGCUUCAAAAUCUGUUCAGGAUGGAGCAACAGAUUGUGGGAGCUGGUGGUUCGGUUCCCCUGAUGGAUUAACGCUAUUACCGGGUUUCGUCUUGAAGGAAAAAAAACGGGGGGAAACGGAGAUUGGAGAGUACAAUUGUGGCUGAUGAUGGGUAGUUCUCUUUGUAGCUCAUAAGUGGGCUCAUUUUAUGGUAUGAACUAUUUUUUUGGGUGUGCUUAUUGAUGUUGCUGGAGGCUUAGGUAUUGGAGUUAUUGUUAAUAAGUAUCUAUAACAUUUCCGCUGGUGUCAUGUUGUUUCUACUUCGCUUCUUACGUCUUUUCUUUGAUGUGAAAAGCGCACAUUAUGCUUAUGCAUGACAGAUUGUCUACCGAUUGUUACUGCACACCGGAGUGCACAUUUUGUUAUAUAUGACGGAAAGUUACUGAUUGUUACUGGACA